CCGCGGUUCCCCGCUCUCCCGCUCCGUGCCCGGCUCCGCCCGCCGCUCGCCCGCACCCCGCGCCGCCGCCCAUGGUGCUGCCCGGCCCGCCCGGCAUGGCCCGCUCCGAGGAGGUGCACCGCCUCACCGAGAAUGUCUACAAGACCAUCAUGGAGCAGUUCAAUCCCAGCCUCAGGAAUUUCAUUUCUAUGGGGAAGACCUAUGAAAAAGCCUUAGCAAGCAUGACCUACGCAGCAAAGGGGUACUUUGAUGCUCUGGUGAAGAUGGGAGAGCUGGCCAGUGAAAGCCAAGGGUCGAAAGAAUUGGGGGACGUGCUCUUCCAGAUGGCAGAGGUGCACAGGCAGAUCCAGAACCAGCUGGAGGAGAUGCUCAAGUCCUUCCACAACGAGCUCCUGACGCAGCUGGAGCAGAAGGUGGAGCUGGACUCCCGCUACCUGAGUGCUGCGCUGAAGAAAUACCAGACAGAGCAGAGGAGCAAGGGGGACUCCCUGGACAAGUGCCAGGCAGAGCUGAAGAAACUCCGCAAGAAGAGCCAGGGCAGCAAGAACCCGCAGAAGUACUCGGACAAGGAGCUGCAGUACAUCGAAGCCAUCAGCAACAAGCAAGGGGAGCUGGAAAACUACGUCUCCGAUGGCUACAAGACAGCUCUGACGGAAGAGAGGAGACGGUUCUGCUUCCUGGUGGAGAAACAGUGCGCGGUGGCCAAGAGUGCCAUCACCUACCACGCCAAGGGGAAGGAGAUGCUGACACAGAAGCUGCCGCUGUGGCAGCAAUCCUGCUCGGACCCCAACAAGAUCCCGGACCGCGCCAUACAGCUGAUGCAGCAGAUGGCUGCCAGCAGCAAUGGCACCAUCAUGCCCAGCCCUCUGUCCACAUCCAAGUCCAACCUCAUCAUCUCUGAUCCCAUCCCUGGUGCCAAACCUCUCCCUGUCCCCCCGGAGCUGGCACCUUUUGUAGGACGCAUGUCGGCACAGGAGGCCAUGCCAGUGAUGAACGGAGUCUCAGGCUCUGACAGCGACGGGUACAACCACUGGUCUGAGAUGAAGCCAGCACAGCCCAAAUCUUUAUCUCCUCCCCAGCCUCAGAAGCAGCUGAGUGACUCUUACUCCAAUACACUCCCAGUUCGCAAAAACGUGGCACCGAAAAACAGCUACGCCUCAGCUGAAAACAAGACACUGCCACGCUCCAGCUCCAUGGCCGCCGGGCUCGAGAGGAACGGCCGGACGAGGGUGCAGGCCAUUUUCUCGCACGCUGCCGGGGAUAACAGCACCCUCCUGAGCUUCAAGGAGGGGGACCUCAUCACACUGCUGGUGCCCGAGGCCCGGGACGGCUGGCACUACGGAGAGAGCGAGAAAACCAAAAUGAGGGGCUGGUUUCCGUUCUCCUACACACGGGUCCUUGACAAUGAUGGCAGCGAGCGGGUCCACACCAGCCUGCAGCAAGGAAAGAGCAGCAGCACUGGCAACCUGCUGGACAAGGAUGACAUCUCCAUCCCGCCGCCGGACUACGGCAUGGCCUCGCAGGCCUUCCCGGCACAGGGCGGCAACACCUUCAAGCAGCGGCCGUACAGCGUGGCCGUGCCCGCCUUCUCCCAGGGUCUUGAUGACUACGGGACGAGAUCUGUCAACAGCCCCGAUGUUGAAGUGGCCAGGUUUUGAGGUGCCCCUGCCCGUAGUUAGAACCCUUUUGCCAACGUCCAGCUGAAGCCAACGGUGACAAACGACCGCUCGGCCCCGCUCAUCAGCUGAUCCGGGAGCGCUGGCGCCCGCGUGGCACUCGCCACCUCCUCACCCUCCUCAUCCUCCUCCUCGCUGCUGCAUGUCCAGCUUCCCAGGACUCCAUUUCUAGGCCGAAAUUAUUAAUCCUGCUGCUUUGAAAGCCAAAGGCUCAAGCUAGUGCCCUAGUUCUCUCUUCUCUAGACUCCCUCGGUGGCAGGGGGUCACAGCGCUGCCAUGUCACCUGUCCUGUGCCUGUGCUGAGUGUGGUGGCACUUCCUGGAGUUAGGGCAGCGUGUUCCAGAGCCGGGGUGGCUCCCAGGCCCAGCAGCAGCUUGCUGCGGGUGGGGAACUGGGCUCAGCUGGAGAACAACUCUGCGUGGGCUCACAGUGCUCCAAAGGGGCAGCAAGGCAGAGAGGACACGGUGCCCCUGCUCUCCCUGCCCAGACAGGAGGGACCCCCAGGCCAGGCAGGACACCGGGACACCUCGUGCAAGCCAAGGCAUGGUGGGUGGCACAGGCAGCGCCCAGGCUCCCACCAGACCCCGGGUGCCCAGGCCAUGCUCCGGGCUGGGACAGGGCAGUGGGUGCCAGCACUGCAGCCCCCGCUGGGACGGGGUCAGCUCCGGUCCCAGAGCUCCUGCUGUGCCAGGGCUCGGGAUACUGUGGGGAAUCACGGUACUGCUGUAAAAUAUAAGCUAGGAAAAAACCACUUGUGGAGGAGAGGGCAGUGUGUGAGUGAACCUUGGGGUGCCCCUGCUCCCUGCAGACAGGAGCUCUCAUCCAGACCUCUUGCUUGGCUGAUUGCUCUUCCUCUAUUCCUAGGGCUGCAUGAGAGAGAGAGAUAGAUAGAGAUAAAUAUAUGUAAAUAUAUAUACACACACUUGCUAAGCUUACUGCUGGGGGUGCCCACGAGUAAGGAGGCUCCCACAGCCCUUCCCGCAGCUCCUGAGUGACCAGGGUCACAUCCUUGCUCAAAAACAGGGAGAAAAAAGAGAGUUUCCAGGCAGGAACUGUGUCUCCCAUGGGUGAGGGCUUGAAUCCAGAGUUUUUGCUUUUUCCGUUGUAUUUCUCCUUUUGCACUUUCUGCUCACUGGUGCAGCAUGUCCUGGUCCCCACAGCCCGGGCAGUGGCUGCUUGGCUGGGCUCUGGGCUGGGCACUGGGCAGGGCACAGCCCAGGGAGCUCGGUCCCAAUGGGACGUGGUGGCUCAUCUCUCCUGUGUCCCCUCUGAUGGGUUUUCCAGCUCCGCUGCAGGACAACAGCUUCUCCUGUGACUGCCCAGGCUCCGGCUCUGCACGAGGGUUCCCAGCUCCAUGAUGUGGCUCCUCUUCCUCUCCCAGGGCUGGAGCAGAUGGGUGGGGGGUGGAUGGGGCAGGGGUGAGGGAAAGGGCUCUGCUGUGGGGUGGGGCAGAGGGUGGGACGGCUGGUGGUCACAGCCUGAGUUGGGGACAGGCCUGGGGUCCCCUUGGCCACUGCAGUGUCCUCUUCCAUCCCUGUGCCAGGGGCUGUCCCCUGGGCCCCCCAAGCUGCCACCCUGGCUCCAGCCAGCCCCCGGGGGCUUCGCUGCACCUCCUGGCUCGGUGGCACCUGUAAGACGUAACCUGCAAUAAUUUUUUAUGAGAAAACGUAAUUUAUGAGCAAUUUAACCUCCCCCAGCCCUCCCUCCUGCAGCACUUCCCCUGGCCAGAGACUCCUGCCUGGCCCUGGAGCGUGGCCAGGGCCCUCCUGAGCUGGCUCCAUCCUGGGUGCUGGGCAAUGAUCGGGGCAGGAAACAACUUAAGAUAUUUUAAAAACUUUAUUAUUGGCCCGAUGAGAUUUGACACACAUGCUGGGAGCUGUAUGGAAAUCAGCACUGAUAAAAAAUACAGCAAUUAUGACCCGUAUUGAGAAAAUAGACCAUGUAAGAAGAGCCUUUCUAUUAAAAAAGUUACCUAA